AUGUUUACAAACCCAAACCGCAACCGCCUUUAUGAAAUUUCAACAAGUAGACUCAGAGAGGAACCAAAGACCGACUCUCUUCAUUAUGAUUAUGUGAUGCAAGCUAGAUCUUUAUAUUCUUAUUGUGCACUUUCGAAUAUAAACCAGCCGAAUGUGAAGGAAAUUCGUUCGCAUGAAACAGACUAUGUGAUGGCAAUUCCUGAUUUUUGGCAUAAUCAACAUUCAUCCAUUCUUUUCUAUUAUCCAUCAAUGGAUAUAUUUUCUGAUCCUGUCAACAAUUCGGGUUUUCUCUCACAAACAAUUUCUUAUACCAAUACGAAACUCUUUGCUCCAAAUGAAAGAAUAAUCAACAAGGAAAUUAAAUCACAGAAGAAAAUAAUAUUGACCAAUAUGAAAAUGUACAUUGCUGAACAAAGUGAUAAGAAUUUGAGUGAAGGAGAUGUCAAUGGAGUGGAAUUACCACAAUUAAUUGUUGGUGAUCGAGUGAAAUGUGUGAGAAGUAAUACUUUAGCUGAGUUCUUUUUCUUGCUAACUGAAAUGGGAAAGGUCUAUGUUUAUGGAGAGAAUUGUAGUGGAGUAUUUGGAUUAGGAACAGAUGAUGAUAUGAACCUUUCUAAAUUUACAUUGCACGGAUUUUUGUCAUCCCUUCCAAGUCCAGUUGUUGAUAUUGAAAUGGGUUUCUUGUUUGUUGUCGUGAGAUGUAAGAAUGGUGAUUGUUAUGGAAGUGGAUAUAAUAGCUAUAUCAAUGUGGGUGUAGAAGGAAAUAGAGGAGCUGAUUUGACUCAUUUUACACUUAUUUCUAAAUUGCAAGGUCGUGUGAAGAAACAUGCUUGUGGAAGUUUUCAUUCAUUGUACUUGACUUUUGACAAUGAAUUGUAUGGUUGUGGUUUAAUGAAAGAUGGUCAACUUGGAAAAGUGUGGGAAGAUCAAUAUAAUAAUCCUGACUGUGUCAAUUUGGUAAGAAUUCAGUUUGAGAAUGCGUCCCAUUUCAAAUCUAUUUGUUGCUCUGGACGUUCCUCCUUUGCUCUUUCACAAAAUAAUGAGCUAUUGCAUUUUGGAAGGAAUGAUAAUGUGAAACAUCAUAGCAUUCUCAGAAAGACUGAAGAUCUCACAUUCGUUCCACUACUCAAUGCUCAUGAAUUAAUUGGAGAUUUUGGAAGAAAACCAGAUGAAAUAGUAGAUUUAGCAGUAAUGAAAGGGGAUGAUUUAUAUUGUGGAAUGAUCCUGUGUAGAGAAGGAAUUCAAAAAGGAAUAAUUGAAAUGGAAAAUUGCUUACUGAGAUUUGCUGUGCACAAUGAUGCGGUGACUUUGAGUGAUGUCACUUUGUGUUUCGAAUAA